AUGGCACCUUCAGAAACCGAGAUUGCAUCCAUCCUGCAGGCGAUGGCGGAUGACUUCCGUGGAUGGCCACUCGCACCCAUCAUGCACUUCCCAGACGAAGCCGGUCUGGAAUACGAAGACGUCUUCUUCCCGUCUGAAGACGGAGUGGCUCUUGAGGGCUGGUUUAUCCCCCGUAAGGGUUCUAAGCGAGUCAUCAUCGCCAACCAUCCGCAUUGGUGCAACCGCGCCGGCUUACCCUCCCAACUGGAACCAUGGAAUGGACUGAUGCCAGGCAAUGACUUCGAACUCAACUUCAUCCCAGACUACAAGAUCCUCCACGAUGCCGGGUACAACGUUCUUGCCUAUGACCUGCGUAACCAUGGCCACAGCGGCAGCGGCAACAACGGACUUUUUGGAAUUUACGAGUGGCGCGACGUCGUUGGCUCUUUGAAGUACAUCCGAAGUCGCCCUGACACAAGCGAAAUGUCCAUUGGCCUCUUUAGUCGGUGUGCUGGCGCCAAUGCAUCCUUUGCGGCCAUGAGGCGCUGCCCAGAGGUCUUUGAAGGUGUUCACUGCAUGAUUGCACCUCAACCCUUGUCACCACGUGUAGCUUUUGAGCGAACGUUGGAGAUGCUCGGCAUCCCAGCGUCUUACAUGGAGGAUCUUGAGCGCCGUUUCUUCAUGAAGACGAGUUACCGUCUUGACCAGCUAUCGCCUGUACCUGACGCCAAGCACGUGAGGUUGCCAACUUUUCUGUAUCAGGUUCAUGAUGACCCUGCCACGCGGCCCAGCGAUGUGCAGGCGAUGUUUGACAAUAUCCCAGUCUCUGAAAAGAAGCUGCAUUGGAUUCAGGGAACUACGAAACGCUGGCACGGAUACACUUACUUCCAGACAGAGCCAGACCAAUUCCUGGAUUGGUUCGCACGUUUCAUGGAUUAA